UCUACCGCCCAUCGAAACCUUUGAAAACCGAUCAUCUUGGAUCUACCAAACUCCUCUUUGAGAAUCCACCAUGAAACUCCUCUCCGUCAUCUUCCUGGCCUGUGCCACCGCAGUCAUGGCCCAACGCGGCCCUGGCGAGCCUUGUGCUGCCUAUCCAGGUGCUUUCUGCAAUCCAGGCCUUAAAUGCGAGCCCAAUCAUCCCGGACUUCCUGGAGGACAGGGUCAUUGUGUCCCUGACUUCCACAUCAACGGGGGUGAAUAAGUCCUCUCGGUCACAUACCACCAUCACUUUUUGAGGUGGUUGUUGGAGAACAUUAGGUAUAUUGAGGGAGUAUGCUAUGAGAGUUGUGUCCUGUCUCUUUGGUGUGCUCUGUUAUCUAGUUCUUCAGGGGUGAUGCAUGUAUCCGG